UUCAGUUGUCAUUUUCAUGUCAUGUGUUGUUGGUUAAGUAUUUAUCUUAAAGAAUAUACAUUAUUGUGAACAAUUGCAAUUUUUUAAUAAAGUGUUCUAGUACUGUAUAAAACAUUUGAUAUUAUAGUUACCUAAAUAAACCAAGAAAACAAAAUGUCGUCGGACAUGGAAGAAAACGCUUUGCAAGAAAAUGAUUCGGAAAGGAUCGCAAUUAAAAAUGAGUUAUCGUCUUUAUCCUUUGAGGAUCUUCAAAAACUCAAAGAAAGAAUCGGUGCGAAAGUAUAUAAAGAAGUAGUUUUCGGCAAAAAGAAUAACCCGGACACAGGGCCAAAAGUAAAAGUAUUCAAAAGGGAAAACAAAAAUAGACCAAGAGAAAUGAGUUCAAAACGACCAGUACGAAUGCUUCGCGAAACAGGAAAGGUGAAGAAACAAGAGAUUCGGGAUCCUAGAUUCGAUCCCUUGUGUGGUGAGUUUGACAAAAAAGAAUUUGCAGAAAACUACAAUUUCCUCUCAGAUAUGCGAUAUGAAGACAUUAAGAAAAUAAGGGCUGAGCUAAAGCAGACAACAGACCCGGAAAAAGUCCUGAAGCUCAAACGUUUACUGCAAAGCUUGAAUGAACAGCAUAAAGCUAGCAGAAAGGCUAGAGUAGAAAGAGAAAAAAUAGAAAAACAGAAGAAGCAUGUAGAAAAAGUAUUCAUGGAAGGCAAACAGCCUUAUUUUAAAAAUAAAUCUGAACUUCGUGUUGAGACAUUGGUGAAUCAAUAUGAAGCACUAAAGAAGGAGGGCACUGGACGCAUUCAACGGCAUCUCAAACGUAGACAGCAAAAGAUAAAGAAGCGUUCAACUAACGCUCCAGUAGGAGAAAGUUGAUGAUUUGAUAAAAUUUUAUACCAAAAAUGCUGGCUUUUUAAUAUAGGAACUUUUUAAAUUUAGUUCUUCUAUUC